AUGCGUACUUUUAUUGUGUUAGCUUUGUUUGCUGUGGUGCGUGCUGAUGUUGGUGGCUACAACUAUGGAUCCGGCGUAGGCUCUUUCCCGAGCGCAGGUGGCUCACUUGGUGGACACGGUGGUUCCGUUGGUGGUGAUGCCAACUUGGGGGGACCGAUUGGUGGCGGUAGUAUUGGCAGUUUGGCAGGUCCCCUCAGCGGUGGUGGUCAUGGCGCCCACGCUCCCGCUCAACCUGUACUACAGAAGGAAUUCUUUACAUACACCGCUCCCGAAGCCGACUUCGAUGAUGGCAAAUCUCUUGGUAACUUGGCUUCCGGUUUGAAGAAGAAUUUGCGCGUUAUCUUCAUCAAGGGACCCGAAAACAAUGGUCUCUCUGAUGCAGCCCUCCAAUUAGCUAAGAAUUUUGGGGAAGAAAGAACCGCCAUCUACGUUUUGCAGAAGCAGAACGAUGUCUCUGGCUUGGCUCAACAAUUGCAAAACCUCAACAGACAGAGCGCCAACAAACCCGAGGUGCACUUCGUGAAGUACCGUACUCCCGAAGACGCUGAACAUGCACAACAUGCCAUCCAACAACAAUACAACGAUCUGGGUGGCAACUCCUUGUCCCAUGACGGUGGUGUGGCACCAGUCUUGAACUACGCUUCCCAAGCACCAGCUGCUCCUGCCGCGCCUUCGAACCAGUACAUCCCACCUGCUGAACCUUCCAAGACCUACAUUCCUCCCGCCAGUCAACCACAAGCACCAAACGCUGCUUACUUGCCAAUCCUCAAGUUGUAA